GAAUUAAAAUUUUGAUAGAUGAAUCAGUGGUGGGUGGAAGAAGAGGACGUGGACAUUGGAAGGAGAAUCGAUUCAAUAACUUGUAGCUUAGAGACGCUUUUUCUCUCCUAACUAGUCGGUUCGUUCAGUGCUGCGCCAGUUAUAAAAUUCUCACUUAUCCCUAAUUAUUGAUUCAACAAUGGCUAAUUUUAAGAUACUAGCCUUGGCGUUUUGCGCCCUUUGUUGUUUAGUAAGCGCUGAAACAGAAGAAGAAAAGGCUAAAAAAGGACCCAAAGUAACUGAUAAGGUUUGGUUCGACAUCAAACGUGGAGAUGAGAAUCUGGGUAGAAUUGUCAUUGGAUUAUUUGGGAAAACCGUUCCAAAGACCGCCAAAAAUUUCAAGGAAUUAGCGCUGAAGGAACAGGGUGAAGGAUACAAAGGAAGUAAAUUUCACAGAGUCAUCAGAGAUUUCAUGAUACAAGGAGGAGAUUUCACCAAAGGAGAUGGAACUGGAGGCCGCAGUAUUUAUGGUGAACGUUUUGAAGAUGAAAACUUCAAGCUCAAGCAUUAUGGAGCUGGAUGGUUAUCUAUGGCAAAUGCUGGAAAAGACACUAAUGGAUCUCAGUUCUUCAUCACAACCAAGAAGACUACUUGGUUAGAUGGUAGACAUGUUGUUUUUGGUAAGGUUCUCAGUGGAAUGGACGUUGUCCGAAAAAUUGAAAGUACAGAAACAGACAGCAGGGAUAGACCUCUUAAAGAUAUAACCAUCGCUGAUUGUGGAGCUGAAGAAGUUGCUGAACCUUUUGGUGUUUCUAGAGAAAGUGCUAGCGAAUGAAUAAAUAAAUAUUUUUAUUAUGUUCAACACUUUUCUGCCAUUUUUGAAUAAAUACUUUUUGAUACA